AUGACAACGCAAAUCACCCCUUCCAAGCAGGCCGCUUCCUCUCUCGAGCACCUCAAGAUGAGCGAUUCGCCCAUCAAGCCAUUGAACUUCGCCCCCGCUGACAAGGAGAACGCCCCCGCCGUUGUCGACGCGUCCGCCACCGAGCUGUCCAAACCCGUCAUGGACAACAAGGCUGCCGAGACGGCAGUUGCUGCCAAGGUUGCUGCUGGCAUCAAGGAGACUGAAGCCCAUGAGCCAUUGCUUCAGGAGAACCCGCACCGCUUCGUUCUUUUCCCCAUCAAAUAUCACGAGAUCUGGCAAAUGUACAAAAAGGCUGAAGCUUCUUUCUGGACUGCCGAGGAAAUUGAUCUAUCGAAAGAUUUGCACGACUGGAACAACCGUCUCAACAGUGAUGAGCAGUACUUUAUCUCCCACGUGCUUGCCUUCUUUGCCGCGUCCGACGGCAUCGUCAACGAGAACCUUGUUGAGCGCUUCAGCGGCGAAGUACAGGUCCCCGAGGCUCGUUGCUUCUAUGGAUUCCAGAUCAUGAUGGAGAACAUCCACUCCGAGACCUACUCUCUGCUCAUUGAUACCUAUAUCAACGAACCCAAGCAACGUGCAUAUCUGUUUGACGCCAUUGACAACAUUCCCUGCAUUCGCAAAAAGGCCGACUGGGCCCUCCGCUGGAUUUCCGAUAAAGAAUCUACCUUUGCCCAGCGUCUUGUUGCCUUUGCUGCUGUCGAGGGUAUCUUCUUCUCCGGCUCUUUUGCCUCGAUUUUCUGGCUCAAGAAGCGUGGUCUGAUGCCUGGUCUCACCUUCUCCAACGAGCUGAUCUCCCGUGACGAAGGCCUCCACACGGACUUUGCCUGCUUGUUGUUCUCUCACCUCAACGUUCGCCCUAGCCCUGAGGUGGUCCAAAGCAUUAUUAUCGAUGCCGUCACCAUCGAACAAGAAUUCCUGACGGAUGCCCUGCCCUGUGCUCUGCUCGGCAUGAACUCUAAACUGAUGUGCCAGUACAUCGAGUUUGUUGCUGACCGCUUGCUUCUUGCUCUCGGUAACAAGAAGUACUACAACUCCACGAACCCCUUUGACUUUAUGGAGAACAUCUCCCUUGCUGGCAAGACCAACUUCUUCGAGAAGCGAGUGGGUGACUACCAAAAGGCCGGUGUCAUGGGCAGCGCCAACAAGAAGGACAAGGAGACUGAUAAGAAAGAAGAAUCGUCUAACGGUCUGAGCUUCGACGAAGACUUUUAG